UGUGGGAAGAGGAAAGCGAUGAAGCCAGAAACAGUCACCUCAAUGCCUCUGUCAAGCCCCCGGAUUUGUGGUUGGUAUUUGAAAACCUAGAGAGAGAUACAUACAUACAUACACACAUACAUCAUAUAUAUAUAUACACAUUUGUCUUACUAUAUAGAUAAGUCCUCGUUUAAGGAGCGUAGAUUAUAGUCUCGGAGGAAUAGGGAGGAAAGAUAGAAAAGCAAGAGAGAGAAAGAGUGAGAGAGAGAGAGAGAGAGAGAGAUGGUGGGCUCAGGAGCAGCAGACAGGAGCAAAGAAGCAGUGGGUAUGAUGGCCCUUCAUGAGGCCCUUAGAACCGUCUGUCUCAACUCGGACUGGACUUACUCUGUAUUCUGGACGAUCCGUCCUCGCCCGAGAGUUAGAGGAGGCAAUGGUUGCAAAGUCGGAGACGACAAUGGUAGCCUAAUGUUGAUGUGGGAAGAUGGGUUCUGCAGAGGCAGAGUUGCAGAUUCUAUGGAUGAGAUGGACGGUGAGGAUCUUGUCAGGAAAGCCUUCAGCAAAAUGUCCAUUCAACUGUAUAAUUAUGGAGAAGGCUUGAUGGGGAAAGUAGCUUCUGAUAAAUGCCAUAAAUGGGUUUUCAAGGAGCCAACAGAGUGUGAACCAAACAUUUCCAACUACUGGCAGAGCUCAUUUGAUGCUCUACCUCCAGAGUGGACUGAGCAGUUUGAGUCAGGCAUUCAGACUAUUGCUGUCAUUCAAGCUGGACAUGGUCUUCUGCAGCUCGGUUCUUGCAAGAUUAUACCAGAGGAUCUCCAUUUUGUGUUGAGGAUGAGACAUACAUUUGAAUCCUUAGGCUAUCAAUCAGGAUUCUACUUAUCACAGCUGUUCUCUUCGACUCGGAACGCGUCGUCGUCGUCCGCCGCAGCGCCACUAAAGCCGGCUACUAUGCCGAUUCGGCCCCCUCCUCCGCUGUUCAAUUGGGGGCCGGGGCAGAGGCCGAUCCCGAUGCAAAUCCCGUCGGCCUCGCCAAUGAUGGCAGCUUCUCCAAACUUUGGAAACUCGGGUAGGCUCUUGACGACGCCGCCGCCGCCGAGGGAUGAAGGCCACAUGUUCUUGAUGCCGCCGCAUUCGUCGGAGGAUAUGAUCGGGGAUCACGAGAGCGACAUCAAAUGGCCGAAUGGGCUGACCUUCUUCAACGCGUUGACGGGACGUGCGGACGAGGCGAAGCUGUUGUUCAAUGCAGACGGGAUGGGCAGCAAGGGCGAUCAUCCCGGGUCGGAUCCGUCGAGCUGCGAGGGGAACCCGAAUGCGUUCUUGAGCCUGGAUGGACAGCAGAAGAUGCAGCAGGAAGGGAAGUUCAAGAGGAGCUUCACUCUGCCUGCAAGAAUGGCGACUUCGUCGUCGUCGACUUCGGUGGCCGACAACCACCCCGGCGGCGACGGGGAGUAUAGAAAUGAAGGUGGGGGGAUGUACUCCGAUGUUAUGGAAACUUUCUUGGAGUAGGAAGAGAGACGAUUUGUAGCGGUGUUAGCAAGCAGGAUGAUGAUGAUGCAUGUACCUAGGAAUCAAGAAGAUGAUGAAGAAGAAACUAAGGAAAAAUCGUUUCUUUAACUUGUUAUUUGUUUCUCAUGCAUCUUUUUAUUAUUUUUGUUUUUAAUUAAGUUGUUUUAGGUGCU